UAGUAAAACUCUUCGAAAGAUCAUUUAACUGUCAAGCUUCGAUUGUUGUCGGCAUUAAUAAGCAGAUAUUUGUGCGAGAGAUAACGUGUCAGUGCUCGACUGAAAUGUUAAUCAUAGCGAACGACGACGCUGCCGGCCAGUAGCGAUUGGAAUCUAAAAAUCGAUGGCUUCUCCGACGGUGGCCGAGCCACAACCCCACGCCGUUCUCGUCCCCUUUCCGAUGCAAGGCCACAUCACCCCGUUCCUGCGGCUGGCCACCCUCCUCCUCGCCCGCGGCUUCCACGUCACCUUCGUCCUCACGGAGUACAACGCCCGCCGCAUGGAGCGCGCCCGGGGUCACCGCUGGGACGCCGCCGCCAGCCCAUCCUUCCGCGUCGAGACCAUCCCCGACGGCCUCCCCGAACCGCCUCCGGACCAGCGAGACGAGACGCAGGACGUCCUGGCUUUGUGCUCGUCCGUGCGCUACACCUGCCUGGCCCCCUUCAGGGAUCUCAUGGCCCACCUCGGCCGCGCGCCCGACACGCCGCCGGUGACGAGCAUCGUCUCCGACAGCGGGAUGGGGUUCACCGUCGACGAGGACUUCGGCGUGCCCGUGUUCUUCUUCGUCACGCACAGCGCUUGCGGAUGCUGGAGCUACCUACAAUUUCCGGACCUCGUCGCCAGAGGCUACACGCCUCUCAAAGACGCAAACUGCUUGAUCAACGGCUACCUGGACACGCCCAUCGACUGGAUCCCUGGCCUGGAAAACCUCCGCCUCCGCGACUUCCCUUCCUUCGUCCGUACCACCGACCCAGCCGACGUCUUGCUCAAUCUCAACGUCCGCCGUGCCAUCGUCGACGUCGCUCGCAGCGCGGGUCUCAUCUUCAACACCUUCGCCGCCCUAGAGGAUCCGGUGCUCGCCGCGAUCCGCUCCAAGUACCCCAACCUCUACGCCAUAGGCCCGCUCGCAUCCUCCUCCGUCUCCUCCUCCCUCUGGAAGGAGGACGCGGAGUGCCUCCGGUGGCUGGACGCCCAGCCCUCCGCCUCCGUCCUCUACGUCAACUUCGGUAGCAUCACGAUGGUCACGACGUCGCAGCUGGCGGAGUUCGCAUGCGGCCUGGAGCGGAGCGGGCACCGGUUCCUGUGGGCGGUGCGGCCGGAUCUGAUGCGGGAUGGCGGUGCGGCGGAGAUAGUCGGGGACUUGGCGGCGAAAGCGGGCGAUCGGGGCUCGGUGGUGGGUUGGUGCGACCAGCGGAGGGUUUUGGCGCACCCGGCGACGGCAGCAUUCCUGUCGCAUUGCGGCUGGAACUCGACGCUGGAGAGUGUGGUCGAGGGCAGGCCCAUGAUAUGCUGGCCGUUCUUCGCGGAGCAGCACACCAACUGCCGGUUCCUGUGCACCACGUGGCGUAUAGGCGUGGAGAUUAGUGGCGAGGUGACGCGGGAGGCGGUGGAACGGUCCGUGCGGGAGGUGAUGGCGGACGAGGACUUGAGGCGCAGGGCGGCGGAGUGGAAGCGGAAGGCGAGGGAGGCUGUCGGUCCGGAUGGUUCCUCCACCGCCGAUCUCGAUAGGUUGGUGGUGGACUUGAAGCCGACGACGAAGAAGCGGCUGUUGUCUUGAAUUCAAUUCCAUCUCGGUUCGCUGGAUGUCCCAAUCAUCUUAUCCAAUCUGUCCUUCAAUUAUUUCCAAUUUGUUGUUAAACGCAUCGUGUGCUGUUUUAUUUUGUUAAUGAAUCGUGUUAAUCACAAUGCCCAUUGCAAACGGACGGAUUGUGGAAGAAGAUUUGCUGAUUAAAGUUGGCGAUUUACUUUAUAUACAAACAAGCUUCAGUCCAACUGAACGGCUUAAUAAUUUACGUACAUAAAAUGACAAUUGGACAAAAGCUUCCCAUCCUUUUCAGCUAUCUGGGACAAAUACAUGAUGCAAAUACGUAUGCAUGGUGGGGCACAACGACAACAAGUGGAAAACUGUCUACAUACAAACAGCUGAAUUAAAUACGCAAUCUUAUUCAAACCAUACAAUCAUGCAUCGAGACAAUCAUUCGAGGUGCAAGUCCGAUUUCAUUAACACCAGCAAGGUUGGUUAAUGGCCACUUUGCACUGCUCCUUGUAGAUAUUUAACGGCACUGUCGUAGUUGACAAAACCCAUGAACCAGAACUCAUGAUUGUCGACAGACACGACCUGGAUGUACUUUUCUCCUGCAUUUGCUGUGCUUGUUACAGGAGUAAUUGAUCUUAGUUGAUGAACAGGAACUGCUACCUGUA